AGUGUUCAAAUAUAUUCAAAUGGUCAUCCCGAAAAAAAAAUUAAUGAACAAAUGAAAAACGGUUGUUGUUGAUACACAACCACCAGUUGAAAUAAAAAUAAUACUCAUCAUCAUCAUAAUAAUUUGAUUGAUUUCUACAUAUCCAAUUAUAUUCGUCAUUCGAUAUCGUCGAGUUUUAAUGAUCCCACCAAAUUAAUCAGAAAAUAAUAAUAAUGGUCAACAAUAUUCAUCAAUCGAAUCAAUCAUUAUGGUACGAUGUGUCCAACAGGUGGUCAUCAUCAUCAUCAUCAUCAUCAUCGGCUGCUUUAGAUUCCAUAUUAAAAUCUAAUGAUACAAUCAUAUCGAAUAAUCAUAAUGUUAAUGAAAAAAUUACUGAUGAUACGACAAUGUUUCAAUUAUAUUUGGUCACCAUUACAUCCUGUUGUGUAAUAUCAUUUUCAUCAAUGUUAAUGUUGUUGAUAUUUUUACGUUUUUUACAAAAACGUUCAUCAUUUAAUCUACGUAAUCAACAUGAAUUUGAUCCUGAACAAAGUGAAUUUUUAAAAUUAAUUUUAGCAUUCGCAGUCGGUGCUUUGAUUGCUGAUGUUUUUCUACAUAUCCUACCUGAAGCAUGUGGACAAUUAAUUAUGGCUGGUUAUACACCACAACAUACACAACAUUUUCUUGGUGUAUGGAUAUUGAUAGGUGUUAUUGUUUUUGCAACCACCGAAACAUUUAUCGGAUUGAUUAUGAUUAUGGAUAGUGAUAAAAGCAAUAAAUUUUCAAAAAAUAUCAAUAAUGAAAAGAUGAUUAAUGAAAAAAUUCACAGCAAUAAAAUAACCACCAAUCACAAACAACAGAAUGGAAAUUGUCAGUCGAAAAAUUUACGAAAUCGUCACCAAAAAUGUUCAAAAGAUGCUCAAAAUGAAUCAUCAUUGCAACCAUUAAACAAUAAUACUCCAAACGCUACCGGUUAUCUAAAUCUAUUGGCCAAUGGAUUCGAUAAUUUUACCCAUGGAAUGUCAGUGGCUGCAUCAUUUUUGGUUAGCUACAAAAUGGGCAUUAUGACAACCAUAGCGAUUGCUUUACAUGAAAUGCCACAUGAAAUUGUCGAUUUUGUUAUACUCAUACGUUCUGGUUUCACUUGUUGGCGAGCAUUUCGUGCACAAUUAUCCAUAUCGAUAUUCACCAUAAUUGGUAGCAUAUGUGUACUAUAUUGUGAACAACAAUCGCAAACAAAUUCCGGUUCACUUAGUUUAACAUUAUGGAUUUUACCGCUUACAUCUGGUGGUUUUCUUUAUAUUGCAUUAACAAGCCUUUUGCCUGAAUUGUUGAAUCUUGAUAAUAAUAAUAAUAAUGAUGAUUCGGAAGGAUUGGUAAAAACCAAUGGUCAUCAUAUAUCAAUGGCAACGAAAUCAACAUUGGAAAUUGGAAAUCGACGAAAAAGAAUUUAUAUCUUAUCAUGUCGUAUCAUGUUUGUCAUUUUUGGUAUAAUUAUUAUGGAAUCGAUUAAUGCCAUUGAUUUGUAAACAACAACAACAACAACAAUGAAUGAAUGAAUGAAUGAAAAUUCUAGUCAGAGUCAAUUGUCACAAUUUUAUUUUUUAAAUAAAAAAAAUAUGCUGCUAUGUUCAAUGGAACAAUACAGAAUAUGCAGAGAAUUUUUUUUUGUUAAAUUUAAAUUUAAAAAUUUAAUAAAUAAAAUACUUUGACUUUUUUUUUCAUA